AGAGCGCACGCGCUGGCUUCGCUCGCGUGCGCCGCCCCGCUGCAAACCGGUAGUAAAGGUGGUCCUCAUUCAGUGAUAACUUGAACUAGUGACAACACUAAACUGAUUGGUCCUAAAAGUUUCAGCUGACAGCCUUCCCUUCAGCUGACAGGUGCGGUUCUCUCGCUUCCUCUGUGAUUAUUGAUAGCGACAUGGCAGUAACUCCGGCAGGGAUGGCAGUGGAUGUUCAGGCACGAUUUGGGCAUUCGGUGAAAGGAUUGCUGACCGAAAAGGUGACCAACUGCGGUACGGAUAUAAUCGCUCUCACUAAACAGGUGCUCAAGGGCUCCCGAAGCGCUGAGUUCCUAGGACAGGCUGCCAGAAAUAUGGUGAUGCAAGAGGGUGCCAUUCUGCACUCUGAAGAUAGUUUAAGAAAAAUGGCUAUUAUAACUACUCACCUACAGUACCAGCAAGAAGCUAUUCAAAAAAAUGUUGAACAGUCUUCAAAUUUGCGUGAUCAGCUGACCCAUCUGCUGAAAUGAAGAUAAGAGUUUGUAAGAGGUAACAAACAGCUGGGAAAGAGUGGAAGAAAAUACACAGUGGGGGUUUAUGGAAUACCUUUCCCUGUUCUACAGAUGCACUAUAAGACUGAGUCAAAAGUCAUCUCCCAGAUGUAAUGCCACAAAAUAUGUGCUUUGUUCUACAAGAUUCUGAUCUGGAAAUGUGGACAAUUUUUAAAUUACAAAUGUUACCUUUAUAAGAGGGUAGGUACAUCGGUGUAUUAAAUUGCAAUUUCUGUGUGUUGAUGCCUGUUUCUCUUUAGCAGCAUUGAUUUCUUUAAGAAUUAACAUCAUUCUAAAUAAUCAAAUUCAUCUUGUUCUGGUUUUGAGUACUUCAAGAGGUGAAUUUUUCCUUUUUUCAGGCUGUUUGAAAACUCUUGUAGUGUAAAUGCUUUUCAUAGAAUACUGAUAGAACACAAUAUAGAAGAGUAUAGAACACUGAUCAUAAAAAAUCUACAGAUAGUCUUCAACUUAUAAUUGUUCAAUUAAUAAUUCGAAACUACAAUGGCCUUGGAAAAAGUUACUUAGGACCUGUACUUGCACUUACGACCAACGCAUCACCACACGGUAACGACUGCAAUUCAGGCAUUUGGCCACUGGUUUAUAUAUACAGCCAUUUGCAGCAUUCUGCAUCAUCUUGAGUUGCAGCCUUUUUGCUUUUUGACAAAAAUUGCCGAUUGGGAAAGCUGGAUUUGCUUAUUAACUAUAUAAUUUGUUUAAUGACCACCAUACAUUUUUUUUGUAUAACUGGGUCUGACUUAUGACCACAACCAUUUAUGACAGAAGUUCUGGUCCCAAUUUUGGUUGUAAGUCGACAACUAUCUGUAUAGGUGUAGUUGAAGUUCCCAUAUUUAUUAUUUAUAUCUCUAAUAUUGGCUGGAUUUAUACUGGUCAUGAUGAUUUUGUCAACUGCCCUUGUGGGUAAUUCCACAAGCUAGUUAAAGCCUAGUAUAAUGUGGGAACUUAGCCAUUCUCUUGAGGAGGAUAACUCUCAGGGCAUACUACCUCUAAUUCAUGAGUAAAAUGUCCACUGAUAUAGAAAAAGUUUUACCCUACCCUAUACAGUGCUGGUAGUGAAUUAACCUGUGUGUGAUUUCUAUGUGUAUAUAAUUUUGUAAUUUAAUAAUUCAAUCAUUGAUAAGAGUCCAGAGUGGUGGAGGAGAGUGGUGCUAUUUAACAAUUGCACUUCCUAAGUAGUAUUCUUUUCUGUCCCGCAAAAUCUGUUCACUGACAUUCUGAGGACUUCAGAGUGAAUAUCUAACUUCAAGGAAAGUACAUGUUUUCAAGGUCUGGACUCUUUGUUUCUUCCAAUCUUAUCUUAAGUUAAUGAGAACACAGUCUGCCUGAGUAAAAAUCUGGGAGUUUGCUUACUUAGAUUUGCUUUAAAUUCCUAAUUUAAGCAAGCAUCUUUUUAAAAAAGGCUUGCAUGCCUUGUUCUGUAACAAUGCUUGUAUUUAGACUAUAAUCUUGUACAUAGUAAUAAAUAUAUAAAUGUAAUGGGAUUUAUUUUGAAGUAAACAUUCACAGAAUUCUGCUAUUUCCCCCUAUUUCUUGUUGCAUAAUCUGUUAUGUGAAUAUAAACUGUGAUGAAACAAA